AAUCCUUAACCCUCUCUCCUCUCUCUCUGCUCUCUCCUCCGCCACCAUCCUCUGUUCUUCAGUUUUACUGCUAGUAAAGCUGCGUCCUUCUCUCUCUCUCUAAACAUCUUAUCUUUUCCUCUUCCUCCUAUAUAUAUAUUUAUCCCUCAUGAUCGGCGUUUCUUUACAUCGAGGUUUUCAUGCUACCUGAACAAUCAGACACAUCUCUACAGCACACAGAUUAUACGCCCGCAGAAUUUUCUUUCUUUCUUUCUGAUUCUGUAUAUACGUUUCUGUACACAGUUUUCUUAGAAUUUGAGCUCGACCCUUAAUAGAGCUUUGAAAGAACAGAAAAGGGUAGUUUUUGCUUUUCAUUUUUUUCCAGCAAAUUUAGAGCUUUUUUUUUUUUUUGUUGACUCUGUAAUUUCUAGGUUUUUCGUGUUAUAGCUUAGGAAUACAAAUAGUGGUAUUGAUUAUCGAGAGGAAUUGAAGAAAGUGGCGAAUGAAAAUGAGUUUGAGCACGGCGGAGGAUGAUUCAGCGUCGGAAAUCCAUCUCCCGGCGGAUAUAGAUUGGGAGAUGUUGGACAAAUCCAAGUUCUUUUUCCUCGGGGCGGCGCUAUUUUCCGGCGUGUCGGCCACGCUCUACCCGGUGGUGGUGUUAAAGACUCGCCAACAGGUGGCGGCGGCUCAGAUCCCUUGCCGUAAAAUGGCGGUUUCGAUCUUGAAAACCGAAGGGUGCCGGGGAUUCUACAGGGGAUUCGGGACUUCCCUCACCGGAACCAUCCCGGCGCGUGCGCUUUACAUGGGCGCGUUGGAGAUGACCAAGAGUAACGUGGGAACCGCCACCGUCCGGCUGGGAUUCUCCGACGCCGCCGCGUCCGCCAUAGCCAACGCCGCCGCGGGGCUGAGCGCCGCCAUGGCGGCGCAGCUAGUGUGGACGCCCAUAGACGUAGUGAGCCAGAGGCUAAUGGUUCAGGGGAGUCAUAGUAACAGUAGUAGUAAUAGUAAUAGUAAUAGUGUGGGGUUGAAGAGAUACAAUGGGGGAAUAGAUGCGUUUAGGAAAAUAAUUUGCAGCUAUGGAGUUAGGGGAUUGUACAGAGGGUUUGGGAUUUCGAUUGUAACUUACGCGCCUUCAAACGCGGUUUGGUGGGCUUCAUACUCUGUGGCUCACAGGCUCCUCUGGGGCUGCAUUGGCUGCCAUGGCUGCAAGAAGGAUGACGGCGGUUACCGGCCGGAUGGGAAGGCCGUGGUGGCCGUCCAAGGGGUGAGCGCCACCUUGGCCAGCGGCGUCUCAGCCUUGGUCACAAUGCCACUUGAUACAAUCAAGACCAGACUGCAAGUGUUGGACGGCGACGGGACCGAGCGGCGGGCGCCCACGGUGAGACAGACGGUUAGGAACUUGGUUAAGGAAGGUGGAUUCUCGGCAUGUUACAGAGGAUUGGGUCCGAGGUGGGCUUCCAUGUCCAUGUCUGCUACAACCAUGAUCACAACCUACGAGUUUCUCAAGCGCCUGUCCACCAAGAAUCAGCCGGGGAUUAGUCACUGCGUUGACCGUGGAUACAAGAAUAGCUAGGGAAUUAGUCUGUUUAGUCACUGUGUUCGACAGUGAAAACAAGAAUCAGCCAGUGAAUGUGUUCGACGGUGAAUACAAGAAUCAGCAAGGGAAUUAGUCAGUUUAGUCAUUGUGUUCACCAGUGAAAACAAGAAUCAGUCAGAGGAUUAGUCACUGGAUUAGUCACCCUGUUCGAUAAGAAUCAGCCAGGGAAUUAGUCGACAAGAAUAAGCCAAGGAUUCAGGGAUUAGUCACUGUGCUUGACAGUAGGAACUUGGAAGGUGCUUUUAUCUCAUCUUUAGCUGGCCUUGAAAGCCAGGCUGACAUGGUUGCACAACAAUGUAAAUAUAUAUAUUGUGAACAAAAACGAGAAUGUAGUAAUGUUUAUUGUCUGUCUCUUAGGUUUUGCUACUUUGAUCAAUAUGUUGAAGAAUUAUAUAUGUUCAAUCUUCUUACUUUGAA